GUGAACGCGAACGGACUGGUGUCGUUCCUGACGGACAUCCCGACGUUCUACAACCUCGAGUUCCCGCUGGACUACCCGAUCAUCGCGCCGCUCUACACGAACGUGGACCUGCGGGGCAGCGGUCAGGUCCUCUACCGGGAAACCAAGGACCCCGGCGUCCUCACCCGCGCCAGCACCAACGCCCGCUCCUUCUUCCCCAACACAGCCCGCGACUACCAGGCCACCAGCGCCUUCAUCACCACCUGGCUCAGAGUCGGCUACUACGACAGCGGAAGGGAUAAGGUGAACACCUACCAGAUUUGCAUUUCGACGAAUGGGGUGGAGUCGUUCGUGGAGUUCCUCUACGCUGACAACGGUAUCCAAUGGGUGACAGGGAUCUCGCAGUCUCGCUCCGGGCUCCCCGAUGCCAAAGCUCAGGCCGGUUUGGUCACCACCGACGGCCGCAUGGUCACCCUCAAAGGCUCCGGUACUGACCAGAGCAUUCAUCUCGAUAGAUGGUCAAACACAGGUACUCCAGGACUUUGGAUAUUCAGGAUCGGAAAUAUUGGCACGGAUGAAAACGCAGAGGCUCCUGAAAUUCCGCAAAGAGAAAAUGAAAUCGAGACUAGCUGUGCAACUGGUUCAACUUCAUGUCAUAGCAGUGCAGAGUGCGUAGAUAAUCAAAGAGGCUUCUGCUGUCUUUGCAAAUCUUCCUACUUUGGAAAUGGAAUCACAUGUCUCAAGCGAGAUAUUCCAUUGAGGAUAAACGGAAAGGUUGAUUUCGAUUUGAAUGGAGUGUCAGCGAAGCAACUUGACCUCCAAGGCUACAUCGUCACCGUCGAUGGCAGAAGUUAUACAGCAAUAUCCAAGGUCCCCAGCACGAUUGGUUAUGACUCACAGUUUCUGAAUCUGUUCGCAAGUCCAAUUUCCUGGCUCUUUGCAAAGUCUGUCAACAAUGCUCACAACGGUUAUCAGCUGACUGGUGGAGUCUUAAACUACACGGGUGAUAUCUCAUUUCUGGGUUCUGGACAUCGUGUAAGCAUUCGACAAAGGUAUUAUGGCAUGGACGUGUUCGACCAAUUGAAAAUGGAUGCUAUUAUUCAAGGAAAUGUGCCAUACUUAUCACCAGGAUCAAAACCAUUCAUGACAGAUCAUAGUGUGAUCUACAAUAGAGUAUCUCCUGGUAUUUUAAGAUCUCAGUCAACUCAUCUUUUCAAAUUUGAAAAUUCAUCACUGGAACAAAAAAUUGUUUUCCUUCAAACCAUUUACUUCAAAGAAAUGUGCCCUGAAAACACCACAAGUAGUGGAUGGAAAGUGAAGGUUGCCCGUAACUUUAUUGCCUUUGAAGAACGAGAGAGUAUACUUCGUUUUGCAUCUACCAACAAAGUCUCGCUUUCAUCCGAAUCGUCUGAUCCAUGUAGUGACAGCAAAGCAAGAUGUGUAGCCAACAGUACAUGUGUUGUAGAGGAGGACACUUUCAAGUGCGUUUGUAAUCCAGGGUUUGAGACUGUCUAUGUUGACAGUGAAUCCAAAAAUUUUGGCUGUUAUGACAUCAAUGAAUGUGCCAAAGGCACUGAUACUUGUCAUGUUGAUGCAAUCUGUAUCAAUGAAAUUGGAAGCUUCAGCUGCCAGUGUAAGCCUGGUUUUGAAGGAGAUGGACAUUAUUGUGAAG